AUGGGAUAUUUUAUUCCACAAUCUGCUAUCAACAAUUUAAAGAAUUACAAAUAUCAAAGUGAAGACCAUUCAUUAAUAAGUCAAUAUGUCCUAGGCCCAUUUUGGAGAAAAACGGCUACCAUUUUCCCCCGAAAUAUGGCUCCAAAUUUGAUCACAUUAUCAGGUUUUGCCUUUAUUUUAAUUAAUGAUAUUACUGUGCUGUAUUACGACCCAACUUUAACACAAUCGUCUCCAACAUGGACAUUUUACUCGUAUGCUUUAGGAUUAUUUUUGUAUCAAACAUUUGAUGCAUGUGAUGGGUUACACGCUAGACGUAUUGGACAAUCAGGUCCAUUAGGCGAAUUGUUUGAUCAUUGUAUCGAUUCUAUAAAUACAACACUCUCUAUGCUACCAUUUUGUUCUGCUUUCAAAAUGGGAUAUACUUGGUUAUUUCCUUUGCUUCAAUUUGGGUUGCUAUUAAAUUUCUAUUUGUCAACUUGGGAAGAAUAUUAUACUCAGAAAUUAUAUCUAAGUUCAUUCUCGGGCCCUGUUGAAGGUAUAUUAUCUAUUACUAUACUUUUCUUAUUAAAAGGACUUUUUGGUUUUGAAAUUCCAUGGCAUCUCCCCUUAAUUCAAUUAGGCACAAUUACCGUUGAAUUUGUAUGCUUUAUUUAUAUUUUAGUGGGAAUUGCAAUUGCAUUCAAUGUGUAUACAAGUAUAAAAAAUGUACAAUCUUAUUAUGAUAACCAUACUACAUCCGACCCUACCAACACCAACAAUAGUGCAAUAAUUCAAAACCAGCAAGUCGGCUUAGUACCAUUUAUUGGAUUCUAUGUGUCAAUUAUGCUAUUGAUAUUAGUUGAUCAACGCAUUAUUAAUUUACCAUUUAUUUUAAUGAGCGGGCUAAUUAUAGCUUUCAUGGUAGGACGUAUUAUUGUAGCCCAUCUUACAUUACAACCUUUCCCAACUAUGGGGUUAGUCUCUUAUAUCCCUCUCUUCCAACUUGGGCUGUAUAAAAUUUUAAUAUCUUACUAUAAACUGGAUUCAAAUUUAGUUAUCAUGAUGUUAACAGGUUGUGGGUUUGGUUUAGCACUUGGCAUUCACGCAAUGUUUAUUAAUGAAGUGAUUUAUGAAUUUACCACUUAUUUAGAUGUUUAUGCAUUGUCGAUUAAGCACCCAAAGAAUGUUUAG